ACGUUGGAUCUGAGAUUUCACAUCCUCAUUUUCCGCGGUAAUCUUGUUUCUAUCACUUGUCACUCGUCACUCUCGGACAUCUCAUUAUAGAGAUUAAUGUGUUCGGCGAUUUUGUCUAUAGAAUCUCACUAGUUAAUUGAUCAUUUACUUAUUCAAUAUUUCAAAUCAGUGAUUUGUUAUGAAAUUGUUUGUUUCGACCGAAAUUGUAUUCAGAAUAUCUAUGUCGCCCUGUCUGUUUUCAUUUUAAUCAACUCACGGCUAAAUGCUGCUGGUGGUAGUGAAAGAAAAUGGCAGCAAUCCUAGGAAGGGUAUACCAAACUUAUCACUGGCUAAAUGUCGACCUCCAGGAUGAGAGGACGAAAGACUGGCCUUUGAUGAGCUCUCCAUGGCCAACAUUAGGCUUAUUAGUAUUUUACAAUUACUUUGUACAGAGCUUAGGUCCACGGCUUAUGAAAGAUAGGAAGCCAUUUAAAUUAGAUGGAGUUCUAAUCGUAUUUAACGUUGUACAAAUUCUAGCAAAUAUAUUAUGUUUAUAUGAGUGCCUCAAACAUGGAUGGGGCGGAAGGUAUAACUGGAUCUGUGAGCCUUUUGAUAGAGCCCCAACGCCAGAGAACAUUACGGUUGCUCGAGUCGUGUACGGCUACUUUUUGCUCAAAGUUUCAGAUUUGUUAGACACAGUAUUUUUCGUAUUAAGAAAAAAGAAUGGUCAAGUUUCAUUCCUCCAUGUAUAUCAUCACACCGGUAUGGUCAUGCUCACAUGGAGUGCUACGAAGUGGCUUCCAGGUGGCCAUGAAACUUUCCUAGGACUUAUAAAUUCUAUUGUGCACAUUAUUAUGUAUACUUACUACUUGGUAACAAUCGUUAAACCUGAACAGAAAAACAAUAUCUGGUGGAAGAAAUAUCUGACUCAACUGCAAAUGGUCCAAUUCUUCAUGAUUGCCUUUCACUCUUCCCUCCUCUUGAUUCAGCCGAAGUGCGACUAUCCCAGAUGGGUGCCCCUGGUCAUGAUUCCGCAAAACGGAUUCUUAUUCCUUCUGUUUUUCGAUUUCUACAAAAAAGCUUACAUGAAUAAAAAACCUGAAGACAUGAAAAUUUCGAAUGGAAAAGUUGCAAAUGGAAAAGUUACUGAGAAUGGAACAACAAAUAAAAUCGAAAACGGAUUUUGUAAGAGCAAUGGGUCAACGGAGAAAAUUGAAAACGGAUUUUAUAAAAAAUCGAAUGAAAAAAUUGAAAAUGGAUUUCACCCGGAUAUUGCACUAAGGAAAGUCAUCGAAAAUGGGAAAAUGCCUAGUAAAGUUGCUUAAACUGAAGUUCCUUCUGAACUUUACACUUUUAGAACUACUUUCAAAUUGAGAAUGAAUAUUCUUUCAAUGUUACCCUGAAGCCUACUCGAAUUUGAUUACUUUUUCAAUGAACGUUCCUUCAUGACACUUGGCAAGUUCUAUUGAAUACGUUUCUAAAAUACUACUUUUUUGGUCUGUUUUAUAUCGUGGAGCAAUGGGGCUCAGUGUUGUUUCAUGUAAUAUCAAAAUUGCAAAAAUCCCUCAGUAGUUCUUAUUCAAACAAAACAAAAAAAAAAAAAAAAUUGCAACCAAUGAGAAGUUUAAAACUCAUCGCAUAAUUUACAUGUGAGUGACUACUUUAACAUUCGUAGAAUAAAAAAUAAUGCAUGAUGGUGUUAACCAUUCAUUCGAAUUCUGAGUUUCAAUUAAUGUUGAUUGUGCUUUCUCAUCGGUGCUUUUUUCUCAGUGUUUUAUGCUCAAACUUUUUGGCUCAUUCGUCAAAAAGAAUUUAAAGUAGCAACGUCUUAUUCAUACACUGUCAAAUGAUCCAGUCACACAUUUGUAGUUCCAUCUCUUGUGUUUUAAAUAGCUUGAAAAUAAGAUAAGUCUCAAAAAUGCUGUUCAAAUAUGAGGUAGAUUCCAGAGAAAUGAUAGGGAAUUAAUUGACAAGAAGUUUCUGUCUGAUAUGUGUAAACGUAUCAAUACAUUUUUCCUACGCAUGGAGCUUCAUUCAGAAAGUUGAAAAGGUCACUGAUGGGUAUAUGCUGAUCUUGACAAGUUUUGUGCAGAAAAUAAGAACCUUUUCGCAUACCUUCAAACUGGGUUAAAAAGGUGCACACGUGUGUAAUUUUAAUACCAGUUGUGUUGAAACAUCAUCUUCGGAAUAAGUUACCGCACGAACAAAAAUGUCUGUAAAAACUUAAAAACUGUAAGCUUUUAGAGUUGAAUAUGAGUUUUACUCAGUUUGACACACUGUGUAGUGAAAUGUUUCCUUCCUUUAUUUAUACCUCUUUCUUAAUGCUGUUUUUUGAUGUUUCUUCUAUUUAUUUCCUUUUCUCUUAUCCUUUAUUGUGGCAAUCUUAUUCGGCAGAGUUUCCACAAACUUUAAAUUUUUGACAUAAUUUGGUCAAUUUUUCCUUCGCUUGAAUUUCCUAUUUGACAGAUUUCCACCUGCCAAUUAUGAAACAACAUGAAUGUCGAUUUUUUUGGAACUCAAACUUAGAUGUGAUAAUUUGCUUUUUAAUUUUGUUGUUUUGUACUAAAUUAAAGAGACAGCUAGUGAUAAUGAAAAGGGACACAUGUUACCAUUGCCUGAUCGAUUAUAACAUCUGUAAUCGACUCCUCGUAUCAGAGGUAAAAAUAAUGACUAUUACAUAAAAUCUGAGUUCAUAAUGGUUAAACAUCUUGGCAACUCUAGAAAUAUUCCAGUGUGGACAUAUGUUCUUUUGUGAUACACACAUAUGUUCCUCUUCUGAACUUUUUAACUUUUGCAUUUUUGUACUUUUUUCGUGUAUCUUUAUCAUAUUUUGGUAAAAUCUGAGUCAAAAAAUAUAUGUACUUCUUCAGGACGUUGCCCAUUUGAGAAUAAGAUGUUUUAAAAAAACUCAAGUUUUGAGAUUUUUGAAUGAUACCAAUUGCAAGUUCAAACAGAUGCCAUUUUGAAUUUAAAACGAGAGUUAAUUUAAAUUCUAGAUCUCAGAUAUUUGAUUUUGUAUUUAUUUUUGCGCAUCAAUGAGAUCAUACGGCAAUCUAAGGAACAUAAAAUUUAGUGAUAAAAACUUAAAUUAAGAAUGGUUAAACAUGUUUUAGCUGUUAUCUUAGGGACCACUGGAUGUAAAUAGUAUUUUUCACAGAGUAAUAAAAUUUAAAUUAUGCAAAAAAAUA